ACCCGGGCUGGGAGCCAUGGCGGAGUGCGGACGGCUGGGAGAGCCGGGCUCGGCCGUGCUGGAGCUGCCCCGCACGCCGCGGCUCGUGUGCGUGGAAUACCCGGGGCUGGUGCGGGACGUCGGGGCCAUGCUGCGGACGCUGGGAGGAGAGCAGGGGGUGUCGCGGAUCUAUGCGGACCCCGCCAAAAGGCUGGAGCUGUAUUUCCGCCCCAAGGACCCCUACUGCCAUCCCGUAUGUGCCAAUCGCUUCCCCACCUCCACCCUGCUUCUGAAGGUGAAGAGGAGGACCAAGAAGAAGAAGCAGUUGGAUACCAAAGAACAAAUCCAGCCUGAAGUCCAGUUUGAAAUGGAAAUUCUUGGGACUGUUGUGACUGUUUACAAAUUUCAAGGAAUGUCUGAUUUCCAGUACCUGGCAAUGCACUGUGGUUCUGAUGGAAAACAAACUUCUAUGUACAACAAAGUCCUAAUGCUCAAACCAGAGAAGGAAGAAUUUUUCAAUAGAGAGCUACCACUCUACAUCCCACCACCAAUUUUCUCACGUCUGGACACUCCCAUUGACUAUUUCUAUCGGCCAGAUAUACAACACCGGGAAGGAUACAACAAUCCCCAGGUGUCUGGUGAGAACCUGAUUGGCCUCAGCAGGGCCCGUCGCCCACACAACGCUAUCUUUGUGAACUUUGAUGACAAAGAGGUCCCUGCUAAACCACUGGAUGCUGCUGUACACACCUGGAAGAAAGUGUGCACAAAUCCUGUGGAUAAAAAGGUGGAGGAAGAGCUGAGAAAGCUCUUUGAAGUCCGUCCUGUCUGGUCUCGGAAUGCAGUGAAAGCCAAUAUCAGUGUCCAUCCAGACAAGCUGAAACUUCUUUUGCCAUAUUUGGCCUAUUACAUGUUAACAGGUCCUUGGAGAAGCCUAUGGGUUAGGUUUGGGUAUGACCCCAGGAAACACCCUGAAGCAAAGAUUUAUCAAGUACUGGACUUCCGAAUUCGCUGUGGAAUGAAAUAUGGUUAUGCCUCUAAUGACAUGCCUGUGAAAGCAAAACGCAGUACAUAUAACUACAAUUUGCCCAUCACCGUCAAGAAGCCUGUAAGUCACACAGUCAGUGUACAUGAUCUGAAACAGGGGCUAGGUACAUCCAGUGCCCCUGGUGCAAAAAAGACUGCCUCCAGUAGGUAUAAACUGAAGGAAUCCAUUUAUAUUUUCCAAGAAGGAGCUUUACCCCCUUAUCGGCAGAUGUUCUACCAGCUCUGUGAUUUGAAUGUGGAAAGGCUACAGAAAAUCAUCCAUCGUAAUGAUGGCACGGAGUCAGAAUGCACAGAGCGGGAUGGGUGGUGCGUUCCAAAGACUAGCGAUGAGCUGCGAGAUACCAUGUCUCUGAUGAUAAAGCAUAUAAUCAGAUCCACAAGACCUGCUCUUUUCGCAAAUAAAAGAAGCAGUGAAGAUAGCGAAGAGCAGCUGGCAUAUGAGUCUGCAGAGGAUGAGGAUGAUGAAGAGGAGGAAGAGGACUUCAAGCCUUCUGAUGGGAGUGAAAAUGAAAUGGAGACAGAAAUUCUGGACUAUGUGUGAACUCAGGGAGCAGUCUGGCUGCUGCUAGACUAACACUGUCUCUGUUGUUGGACCCUGAGAGCUGAGGGUUCAGCAACCAUGCCCAGGAUGUGGGAAAGCAGAACUUGUACUAAGAGGAUGAUGAGCUCUCUGCACUAACUGCGGUGCUUGCUGAUGGCUGUCGUCCAUUCGUGAUGUUAGGGAGCAUUACCUGUAUUUUCAUAACUGCUGGCUAAUAAGUCCUCAAGUAAAGCUCAACAAACUCCUAAGACAGAGCCCAGAAUCCAAACCAGCUGGUAAUAUACCAGAAGAGAGGAGAGGUCACAUACCCAAAUGUUUCCAUGUGUAGGAAGUGCACUUUAACUGGCUUGGUGUCCACAUGGAAAACAGGGAAUGUACAUGAGGACAGAGCACUCUAGUCUUACUGGAGUCUCCAGGGCAGGUGCUGCCCUUCUGCUUGUCUAAGGGGAAUGAAAACCCUGGGCCAUGACUUGAGCAUCAGACCUCACUGGUGAUCUUGGAAAUAAAGCCAGCAGGAAAGAACACUUUCCGGCAGUGAGUAACUCCUUUGCACAGUAUGUAGUGUAUGUUGUCCUCACGAGCCAGUGUGCUUCUCAAGCCUGUUUUGACUUCUCUGGUAGUUAGCAGAGACAGAAGGAUGCAUGCAAUGGAGCAGAGCUUCAGGUCCACAGAGGCUGGCCACUUCUUAAGUCUGCCACUGCCAGCUGGAUUGGUACCACUCUAUCACAGAAAUUAAGGAUCUGCUGGCAUUUUUGGAGUCUUGUGUGUUACGAGUACAAGGUUUCUCAUUAGUUGCCUAUAAUACACUCUACUGCAUGUUCAGUGUGUUUUGAGACUCUUGCGCUUGUGUGAGGCUUCUCAAAGCUUCAGCUUUUAUGAUGUGCUCUGGAGUUUUGUUAGGCUGAACUAUUUCCUUAGGUUUGGCUUCCAGCCCACAAAAGCAGCAUCUGCAGGGCUCUCACACUGUGACACAUAGCUGUGCUGCUGAGUAUCUAGCAUAUGUAUUUACCUAUGCAUCUAUCCCCAUAGAAGCUGCAUUUGAGGACUCAGGUGUGUGCUCAUCAUGGCAUACUGGGAGAUCCUGUGUUUUGCUUUGUGCUUCUACCUCAGGGUAGCACAGGCUGCCUCUGUAGGUACAAAGGCAUUGUUACAGCUUUAAGAUGGGGGGGCUGCACAUCUUGUUCUGUCUAGUGACACCUCCAGCCAAGGUAAGUUGUAGGUCCUGCCCAUGUGGGAAUUCUGAGGCACAAGCGGCUGUGCAAUGGAGUUACGCUUGUCAGUGCAGCACAUCAUGGCACAAAGAAGAAAAGGAGAGAUGCAGUGGACGUAGUGCUGCCAUGUAAGAAUAUGUGCUCAGAUAUUAGCAAGCAUCACGAAUAAACAUUCUUGGAAACACUGCGAAAAACACAAGCUUCCUAUGAGCAGGAGGCCCAAAGCCAAAGGAGCCAGCAGUCACUUUUGCCAGAGUUCAUUUAGUUUCCUGACAUUUUCAAAAUUUCCCUGUAUUGGAAGGCUGUAGCAAUUUGGGUGUUUAAUUCUGCCUGAGCAGGUAACAGCAUUACCAGUCCUGAAUGUGCAAUGCAGUCCUUUCAUUUCCAAAAGCUUAGGCCUUAAAUGGAUCUAUACAGCCACAGGCACAGCAAAAUUCUUGAUCAUGCUGCUGCAUCCUUAAUAUCCAUGCUCUGAAUCAACACACUAUCCAAGUAAUAUUCACUGCUGUUUGUGCAGUUACAGAAGAUAAACAUGCUGGCCAUGCUAGGAAAUGAGCCCUUGAGCACCAGAAGAAUGAUGCCUCAAACCAAGGCAGACCACUGUAUCCAAACCAUAAGGACCAACCACUGCAUUUGCUCUUAAAGCCAUUGCUUAUAUUGAAGGCACAUCCAGUAAACUGGACGCAACCAGAAAAUGCAAAAGUCCCAGCUACUCACAGGUUCAAAUGAAUAGGUUUCAUUUGAAAAUCAGGUAUUGGUCCCUCAAACAAAAAGCCUGUAUCUUACUUCAAAUACAAAAUAAAGCUCAGCUCAGCUGAGUUAAUGUAAGGUAGUAACCACCUUCCCCACAGUUAGGCCUACUCUUCUUUCUCCAGGAACAUGCCAGCAUUUUAGGGAAGGAGGACAAGACAAGCUCUGCCCUGCGACAGAGACAUUUGAACAUCAGUAUUUUACUGCAAAGAUUAAGUACAUUGCUGUGUACAAGACA